AUGCCUGUAGAUUUUCAUAAAGGAGGUCUAAGAAAUGGAUGUCUCAUGGAUAUCGUUGACAAAGUUUUACGCAAAGCUGACGCUACCUCUGUAGAAAGUCAAGUUACAAGCUUUUUGCAAGAUAGCGAGUUUCUAACCACUGCAGAAAAGGAUAUUUUGUCAGACUGUUCUGACCCUCAAGAAAGAAUGGAUAUUGCUAUUUUAUUGCUAAAGUCAGUUAUCAACUUAGAUUUAAAUCGAUUUUGCCGAUUUCUUAAGACGUCAUCAUUGACAAAGGCUCGAGAGAUGGGUAAAAAUUUAAUUAAAGAAAUCCAGAGGGCUGCUUCUAAUAAGGAACCAGUUCUCAUCGAUUACCCAGAAGCAAGUAAAAUAUGCCUGAAAAACCAGGAAAAUAUUAUAAUUAUCGAUAGUGUGCCUGGUAUCAAACUUGUAAUUCCAUCUGAUAGUUUAACAGAAGAUGAAAAAAUCAAAGUUUCAGUACAUUACCACGAUCCACCAUAUGCAGAUGGAACAAGGAAAUUCAUAAUGUUAACACCAAUCGUUAAUCUUGAGCCUGAUGGAUUAACAUUUGAAGGCCCUGCAAAGCCGAUCUUAAUACUACCCAUAUUGCAAGAAGCGGUAUCAGCUCUUGAGAAUCAAGGGAUAGACUUUGAACAUUGUGAGAAAUCUUUAUUACACAGAAAUAAUAUUAACUCGUCUUGGAAAAAGGAAGAUUGUACUUUUUUUAUUAACGUUGAAGACGAAUACAAAUGCAUUAGAUACACCCUAAAUCAUUUUUCAUUAAAUAGCGUUAUCUGUAAAAAUGUGACUACGAAGUCUAAUAAUAAUAGCAGCAAGUGUGAAGAUGAUCAGUCGGAUACUAUGGAGGAUGAUAAUGAGAGCAGCGAGUAUGAAGAUGCCAAUGCCGAUAGCAUUGCUCCUGAACAAUCUGAUCGAUCGAUGGCAUCAAAUCAAUGUUACGAACAAGAUCACGGUACAAAAUUUGAUGAAAAUGGAUGUCUUAAAUUUUGUUUGCAAAAUGAGAGCCUAAAUCUUAAUAAUAACGCUAUCUGUAAAGACAAUCGCCGAUAUACUAAGACUGAGCGAAAAUCUGAGAUGCACCAUACAACAAGACCGGAACAGUUGCAAAGUCAAAAAAAUAUCGAGUCUUCAGGCUCUACCGGAACUAAGAAAAAAAUUAAGGAGGAAGAGAAUCUACUUCAACUUGAUAAUAACUCCUAUGUAGAAACGUCAUUAAUCGAUGCCAGUAACAACAAAGAAAGUGAAAAAAAUAAUAAAGCAGAUCCUGGCUUUGUACGAAGAUCAGAAGCCAGCUCUUCAACACAAUCUAACUUUGAGAAAAAUACUAAGGCUGGCGAUAUCAAGACCCAGCGGCCUACAAUAAUUCAGAAGCGUGUUGAAAUGCUCGCCUAUGCGUUGCCUGUACAACCGGAUAAAUUACAUAUAAACUUGGUAAUAAAAUCAUGCAACAGUAAAGCUGAGUAUGAACUUUCAGAAAAAAUGGUCGAACUAGAUCUUACAAUUGAUGGAAAUGCAAAACCUUUAUUAAAAAAUGGCAAAUAUAUUCUUCGAUACUUAUCUUCAAGUGAUGAUGCAAAAUAUCAGAAAAUAGGUGGCUUGGAGAUUACAAUUAAUUGGAACGAUAGCGAUAGGAACGAUAACUAUUAUAACUAUGGAAAUAGAAUUAUAUAUCCUAAACUCCCAAAUACCUCCAAAGAUAAAGGUCGCGUUGAAAUUUGUAAAUUUGAAAUGAAUAGAGAGACUUCAGGCAACGAGAGCAAUGUUAUAAUUUCUGGAUAUAUAGAUGGAUAUAUAGAAGAGUUACAUCGUAAAGCGUUUACUUCAAAAAGUUGUAGUAAAGGGACAAACAAUCCAGUGUCUCUUUAUGAAGCUGAAAGCUAUUCCCAUUCACUUACAUUACCUCUUUUACAAAAUAAAUGGGAUAACAGAAGAAAUAAAUCCUUAUAUGAUUAA